UCGUGCUUCAUACACUUUCAUCCUAGGGUUACAGAUGGACAUGAUUAGUACACUGUCCGAUGAUCUCCUGUUGAAGAUCCUGUCAUCACUUCCUACCAAAGCCAUCGUUUCCACUAUGCUACUGUCCAAACGGUGGAAGUUCAUUUGGACGAUGGUUCCAACUCUUGACUUUCAAAACGAUUUCGAAAGCUCUAAGGAUGAUUACGCCAGGUUUCGACAACAUGUUUACUUGUUCAUGGUUCUGCACAAGUCUCCUCUUCUGGAAACUUUAAAGCUCAGACUUGGUUGGCAUUCCACCAACGAUGAUAUCACGACAUGGAUCAAAAUCGCAGUGGCUCGCCGUGUUCGUAAACUCAAGAUUCACUGUUAUUCAGAUGAUGAUGAUAUAUUUUUGCCGAGUUGUCUUUAUACGUAUAACAACCUCGAGGUCUUGAAACUUGGCAACUCCAUUGUUCUCGAUGUUCCUGAAGAUGUUCGUCUCCCCUCCUUGAAAACUCUGCACUUGCUGUGUGUAGAGUUUCGAAACGAAGAAUCUGCACGUAGGCUUUUAUCUGGCUGUCCUCUACUUGAAGAGUUUGUUUUGGACAAAAGUGAGAACGUCUCUCCGCCUUGUUUCUAUCUGGAAGUGCCUUCCUUGCAGAGAUUGUCUAUUCUUGAUACGUACCGAGAGGGAAACGAUUCCGACGUCAAAGUUGUGAUCAAGACUCCCUCUCUGAGGUACUUGAACGUUGUGGAUAAAUGCGAUUCUGGUCUCUUGUUUCUGAGCGAGAACAUGCCGGAUAUGGUUGUGGCAAAUGUUAGUGUUGUUUACAAAAAUCCUGAGAUGCUAAUGAGAUCUUUUACAUCGGUUAAACGUCUCUCUUUAUGUUUAACCACCUCAGUGGUAAGCAAAACUAUAAAAGAACUAGUGUAUUAUUAUUGUGAUUUAAAUUCGUAUUAUAUUUGCUCCUGUGCUCAUUAUUUUUUAGUUGGUUUCUCUGUGCAGAUUCAACAUCGUGUUGAGUUUAACCUGCUUGUUCAUCUAGAGCUAUGCUCAAGUGUGGAGAAGUGGUGUGAACUACUUAAUUGGAUGCUUGAAAGUUCUCCUAAGCUAAAAGUUCUCAAGCUCAACAAGUGUAAACCACAUAGAUUUGUUUAUGCAAAGCACAUUGAAUAUCCUUGGGGAAAACCGAGUUCGGUUCCUGAGUGUUUGUUGUUCCAUCUCAAUACUUUUGAAUGGAACUUUUACAAUGGGUGCCGGGAAGAGAAGAAAAUGGUGGCUUACAUCCUAAGACAUGCAAAACGGUUGAAGAGUGCGAAAAUAUCUCUGUGGGAUUUGGAUUGUGAAGAUGAACCUCAUAUAUUCACUGAGUGGCGUUCUUUCCAUAGGGCUUCAAAGCUAUGUCAGCUUCUGUCUGAACGUGAACCUAGAAGUAAUUGGUAUGAAAGUUAGAUAGUGUUGGAAAGCUGUUAUAUGUUGUUAUAUCUAUUUUAUUGCUCUUACACUCUUAAAAGAUGGAAAGAAAUUGUUUUUUGUCUACUCUUUUUCAACAUCUACUGAUUCCUUAGAGCAGCAUUAUCCAUAACAACUCUAUUGGGGUGCUUAAACAAUUGUUUAGUAUUAAAUAGGUGUUAAAGCACUUUUUUAAGCAACUUCUAAUAUUUUGACUUCCAAUGCAAGUUGCUUAUUUUGGGGUUUCUUUUUAAAUCAAUAACCAAACAACAAUGUAAUGAAAUUAACGUGUUAAAUGUCUACAAGAUUGUGUGAAAAUAAUUGGAUUGAUUGAAAUUCAUUAAUAUAAAUUGGGCUGUUAGUGGAGCAAGGAGCAUAAAUGAUGCUUG